AUGACCGACCAGUCGCAAGAAGAGAUCAAUGCUUCUAAUUUGCUCGAUGUUAAGGUCUUGACUAAACCAUACAUGAUUCUUGAGAUGAAUCUUUCAGAAGCUUUAAGUGAAACCUUAUUCGUUGUUGAUGCUUCUAACUUGAGUAGUUAUCAAGUCAUUGAGUCAUCAAUUUUUGAUUUUUUUAUGGCUUCCAUAAUCAAAGGUUUUCUUCCUUUUGUUGUUGGUCACGAUUGUUAUAGCAAGGAGAAGACAACAAAUGAUGUAGAUAACAAGCGACUAGGGUAUUUACCAAUGACCGUCAUAAGAGAUUUCAAUCUCGCCCUUACCCUGCCUACACUUCUUCUCUCAGAUCCAACUAACUUAGUAUCCAUUUCGCCUCCUUUGCUCGCCCCACCAUGGCUACAACGCUCAAUUUACUCAAGACCACUUAAGGCCCCACCCUCAUCCAAGGUAAACAACCUUCCUCUCUAUUUCCAAUUUGAACAAAAUAGUUUAUUUGAAACUCAUUCUCACUGUACACCCACAAUUGGUAGUCGAAUUUCUAGUGUGUAUAUGUUAAAAUGUUCAUCAUAUGCUUAUACUAAUAUUGUGUCCUCAUGUGAAGCCCGCAAUCUAUUUGUUAAAAUGCUCAACCCACGUGAGUUCUCUUGUGUCAUUUUUACAAGUCUAUUGAGUAUGAUGUGA